UGUUACUUCCUGAUGAUUUCAACUGACACUGUCCCAGCAGCCCCGGAUAACCCUGCUUCAAUCUCUAUGGAGAAGCUUCCAGUCAAGAAGCUAGCAAAGAAGUCGAACAAUCUGACAGGUGCAAGUCAGAAGACUCCAAGCCUUUCUCUGUCCAAGCUGAUCACUGAGUCUCUCUCAGAUUGCCAGGAGCGAACAGGCAUGUCCUUGUCUGCACUCAAGAAGGUGCUGGCAGCCUCCGGCUACGAUGUGAAAAAGAACAACAACCGAAUCAAUUUGGGGCUAAAGUCCCUUGUAAACAAGGGCACUCUGGUGCAGACUAGGGGUACCAGCGCCUCUGGGUCCUUCAAGCUAAGCAAAAGGAUCACUCCUGAAUCCACUAAGGGCAAAGUCAAGAAAGCUGCUUCUGCCAACACCAAGAAGCUAGCUUUAGCCAAAGACUCAAAGUCUCCAAAGAAUUCCAAGACCAACAAAGACAAGCCCUCAACUUUAGGUAGGAAGAAAGCUGCCAAGAAAGGCACUAAGGAUGACAGGAAGGUUAAAGGAGCCAACGUCAAGCAACAGUGCAAGAGUCCUGCAAAGACCAAGGCAAGAAAGCCCAUGGCAGGGAGACCCAAAUUAAUCAAACAUCAAACCAAUCCUAGAAAGACAGCCCCGAAGAAUUAA